AUGUGGAUACUACCUCUCAUCGGCUAUCUCGGGACCAUCCUGGGCUUUGCCUUCCUGACGCUGGCCAUCGCUUCCGGUCUCUACUACCUCUCGGAGCUCGUAGAGGAGCACACGGUCGUCGCCAAGCGCAUCCUACAGCGAAUGAUAUACUCGAUCAUAGUCAUCCAGUUGCUUCUUUGCCUCGUUGACAGGUUCCCAUUCUUCUUGACACUGCUGGGCGUCAUUUCCAAUGUAGUGUACCUGGGCAACCUGCGGAGGUUUCCGUUUGUCAGGCUAUCAGAUCCAUUGUUUUUGACUUCGUGCAUUCUCGUCAUCGUGAACCAUUAUCUGUGGUUCCGUCAUUUUGCGGACCGCCAGCACAAUGCCUACCAGAACAUGGCCUCGUACUACGACACCCCGUCCGGCGUGCCAACCUUCACCGAGAUCGCGUCCUACUUUGGCCUGUGCGUCUGGCUGGUGCCGUUCUCGCUCUUCAUAAGCUUGUCCGCCAGUGACAACGUCUUGCCUACCAUGGGCAGUGAGACGCCCUCAAUUGGUGGCGGUAGCGAUGAGGCCAAGAAGAAAGGCCAAGGCAUGGCCAAGGCCCUUGUCGACAACAUAAUGGCUCUGUUUUCCGGGAUAGGGGCUAUGGGCGGAUCCAGACGAUCUGAUCGCAGCUUUUAA